AAACACAAGUAUUUUGAAUCAUACGUUCUGUCAAAAAUUAUUUAUUCGGAUAAGAAUCUCAUGAAAGCUUGAUGUCGAUGUGGUUUGACCACGGUUCUCGUUGAGAGGUUCAGGCCAAAGCCUAACCGGUUGAAGUAGGAUAUAUGCAAUUUCUCUUAUGGAAAUUGAAAGUGAAAAUUAUUUUGAGACAGUAAAAAAAGCAGGAUCCGGAAUGAGUCUAUCGUUGUCGUUGGGAAAAACUAAACCCAAUCAUGAAAGUAUAGAUGUUGGGCAAAUAGGAGAGGGGUCUCAUCAUGACACCAUAGUGACUUGGACUUCUUUUAAUUUGGGUUCUCUAUCCAAAAUGUGGUGAUGCAUCACUUUAGUGUUGAAUGAUUGUUUGGUGAAAUUUCUUUUUCUCCCUAAGGCAUAUAUAGGUGGAGGCGUGUAUAAAGGCAGGGAAUGGCUAAAAAAACAAUAGGAGAAACUUUAUGUGAGAAAGUGUUGAGUUAUGAUUCAAUGGGCCACUACAAACCUCUAAAUCGCGUCGGGCGGAUCGAGUUUGAAUCGGGUCAUUCGAAGUUCGGGUUAUUUCAAGCUGCCCCACCGCAACUGGUCAACAACGCGCCAAAUUCUUGUUACUCAAUCUGGUUCCGACAGGAUCAAGCUAUCGUUGGGGCUCUUCUGGGCAGCUGUGCUGAUGUCGUGCAGCCGCUGAUCUCCACUGCUGAGACAGCCCAUGCCGCGUGGCAGAAUCUCCAUUCGUCCUUUGCCACUACCAGUCGGGGACGGAUUGUCUUUCUCAAGUCCAAGUUGGGAAAAAACCCACGCGGUAAUCGCUCAAUUACUGAUUAUCUCCAUGAUAUGCGCACCAUUGCCGAUGAACUUGCUCUUGUUCAAAGUCCGAUUUCAGAAGAAGAUCUUGUUGUUCACGUGUUGAACCAAGUUGGGCCCGACUAUGAUCCCAUUUCCUCUGCGGCUCUCCUUCGUCCCUCGGCCAUUUCUGUAACGCCCCAAAACAUACCCUAAAAUUUUUAAUGAAUAAUUCAAUUAAUCAAAUUUGUUUUGAUUAAAAUAAAUUAUUGUUGGGCUUUGGGCCGAUAUGAAAUUUGUUUUGACAUCUAAUAUCAAAAUCAGGAUAAGUCUCAUAGAGAUAAAUCCAAUAUGUGGACUAUUUGUGUGGUCUUGAUUGGGAACCUGAGUACAGACCCAAAUCAAGAGUAAAUAAAGAAUUUGUUUAGAAUGUAAAUAUUGAAAUGAUUUGUUGAAAUAAAUCAUGAGAAUAAUUGAUGUGAAUUAAAUGAGAGAACCUUUU